GGGCCCCGGGCAGUUCCGGGACGGUAAUUAAGCCGGUCCGGGCCCUUGCCCUGGCUGAAACCACCUGUCCUGAGAGCUUUUUCGUUCCUCCCCAGAAGCCACGAUUUGCUUGAAUUGUAGUAGUAGUCCCGAUGUGCUGCCUUGUGCAACUCCGGGGAAAAAUGAACAGGCAGAGGGGUUUUAGAGAAAUGUAGGUCUUGAAGGAAUCUUUGGAGGUCAUUUAAUCUCUCACCCAGCCUUGCAGGGGGAUCAAGUAUACUUGAGCCGCUUCUGGGGAGGGAGGGCUUAAUGACUAAUUAUGGGUGUACUUUGAAAAGUUCCCCCGCGUGUCGUUCCUUGAGACCUCCAUUUUUCUAAUUAGUUGUUCAUCGCUGACAUUUAGGUGUAUUUCCUGAAAAUAUGAAAGUGUUGAUAAUACAAAAUGAGUGAAAAUUCUCUACCAAACACGUGGAUUACACCAGAAGUAUGCAGCGGAGAGGAAGGUGACAUUUAAUGCUGCAGAUGCUUUCUCGCUUGAUGGAAGCCAGAAUAGUACUUUCAUGUGGCAUGUGGUCUGGUUAAGGCCAUGAAGGCCUGGGCUGACGUGGUCAUCAGAAGAAAGCAUCCACCGUGGAGUUAGUUGAGAUUCCCUUCUCCAAGCAGCUUUGGUACACCUGACAACUGGCACUGGUUCCUGCUGUGGAUAGAAUUCAGACUUCUUGAAAAAACAUAUUGCAUGGAAGAUCUAUGGAGAGAGGGAGCUGUUAAUGAAAAUCCUGUUUGGAAAUGCUGAACAAUGCUGAAUGGUUUGGGGGUAUCUUCAAUGUCUUGUGGGAGAAGUUCAGAAAACUCUUUAUGAAGAUAUAUAUUCCUAGUAUGCAGAUGUGCACUAUCAGAAAAAAUUUGGUGGAAGCAGAAGGAAGGCCCGGUCGUCUGCUCAUUUGGUAGUUUUCUGGGAGGGAAGCAGGCAAAAAAGAACAGGAAAUAGUUGAAAACAGAAGCCAGUCAGUGUUCUGCAAUGAUCUCUCCAGCACUAGUUACAGAUUCAGUGUCAAGAAGAAUGACUGUAGCUGGUUUGGUUUUCCCAUCGAACUGCUUUGGUUCAGGAAGGAGAGAGAUGUGUCUCCAAUGUUGAGUACUCAGGAAAAAGCAACUGUUGGUGGAAGGCUGUAGCAGUGAAUGAAGGGAUGCAUGUGUGCUCACCGAAGAACAAAGUAAUGAAGUUUUUGCUAUUCAGUGAGGGUGACGUGUUUGAUAGGUCCAUGUCUAUCUGAUUUCAGAAGAUGGUAUCUUCCUAAUUAGUGAAUAAUAAUUUUUAAUGCUGCAAAGAUUUAAGAAAUGAGAAACAGAAAACCUGUGGAGAAACCAGAGAGUGAAGUUGAAGAUAGGAACUCAGGUCUUCUGCUUCAUUUUAUAAGCAAGAUGGAGUUGUGCAGAGAUGAGGCUGAUAAAGAAUUUGUGUGGUCUCUGUGGAAACUCCUGCAAGUGUCAAGUCCAGAUCUUAUGCAAGCUGUCGGCUUGGUUGUGGAAAGGUCUUAACAAACAGAAAGAAUGGAUUUAUCAUUUCAUAAACAGUGGCAACCUGAAUGUUAGUUCUAGUGAUUGAGAGUUUUGUUGUUGUUCUUCCUGGGGAGUUACAUCUAUCUAAAGGUGCGCAAAUGGACAAAAAUAUGGCUGAAAAGCAAGAGAUCAUAAAUAACUAAAGAAUUUUUGGCAAGGUACUUGCAGGAGUUUAUGCUGUGAUUUGCAGCAUUCUGUGAAUAGCAAAUUGUGGAAGAAACAUUAAACAGGUUGACAUAGAUUCUUCACUGACUGACAAUAUGCAGAUGUACUUAAAAUGAGAAAAACAGAAAGCUGAAGUCAAGGACAGAAGAGUUUUAGAGCUUUUAGAAGCCAAAGACAGCAAAAUAGAAACACUAGAACAGGAGUCAAGUUCUAAGUUGAAUAGUCAGCUGUGAAUACAGACAGGUAUCUUCUGGAAUCUGCCUACUGUAAAAUCAGAAACAAAAGGAGAAGGUGGAAGGAGAGGAGAAGUUAAAGAGUGUGAGACUCACAGGACAGCACGAGGAGAUAAACAACUUAAUGCAGAGAAAAAAUGCUGUGGAGGAGGAAAAUGCCUGUCUGAAGAAUGAAUUCAGUACCUUGAACCAGAAAUUUAAAGAUAAAAGCCAAGAACUUAAGGACACUGAGGAGUGUGCACAGAAGAAGGAAGAGCAAAACAGACUGGUUAUAAAAAACCUGGAGGAGGAAAAUAAGGGAUUAAAUACAUGCUGUGCUGACCUACUAAGUGACCUGGAGAAACUGAGGAAGCAGGAGGCACAAUGGAAAAUGGAAAAAUCUGGCAGUGAUGCCAUAAUAAAGAAUUUGGAAACUGAUUUAGCAGAGGCAAGAGAACAAAUAAAAGAGUUACACAGUAUAUGCGGUAACUUGUCAUCUCAGGUAGCUGUGAAACAGGAAGAACUCUUCCAAAAGAAUUGUGAUGUGAUCAAAGCUAAGAAGGAGUUACAGGAGCUGCAGAAUCUUUGUGGACAAAACACUGAAUAUACAGCACAGCAGGCUGAGCUGAUAAAGCAGGUUCAGGCUCUCAAUGCUAAUACACAAAAAGUGAUGAAAGACCAAGAAGAUGCUCACACAGCUGAAAUAACAUUAUAUCAAAAACUUUAUAACGAGUUGAGUUUAUGUUUUGAAACUGUUAAAACAAGUGAAAUUCAACUGCAGCAGAGCUGUGCCUCUCUUCAGGAUCACUUACUUGAAAAAGAUAAAACAAUUUGUUUGUUGCAAGUCCAACUUCAGGAAGCAUAUAAUGCUUCUAAUGCAGUACAUCAGAAUUCUCCAAAAUAUCAGGUGCAGGAACCACCUGUGAAACGUUCAAGGUCUCUGUCCCCAAAGAGCCCUUUUAGAGAGUCAGAGGAGCUAAGGAAGCUUAAAAUAGCUGAAAGGAAGAUUGAAAACUUAGAGAAGACGCUACAGCUAAAGACUCGAGAAACUGAUGAGCUAAGAACAGCCUAUGAAAAACACAAAGAAAGGCUGCAGAUGUUACAGACCAACUACAGAGCACUAAAAGAACAAUUAAAGCAGUGGGAAGAGGGCGAUACCAGACUGAAUCUUGAAGAAGAAUUGGAUCAAAUGAAAAUAUACCAAUCUGUGGAGCCACUUUUUAAACUUAGUGAAGAUGAUGGGGUCAAAAAUAAUACUCUGGUGAGGAAUAUGAGAGAAGUUUCACAUCAGAUGUUACAGAAGAUGCAACAACUAGAAAGAAGAUUCAGUGCUAUUGAAGGGGAAUUAAGGAAACAGAAGGAAGUAAAUAAAGACUUACUGAAUCAUAAAAUUUAUUUGAAAGAAUCUUUAAAAGUACAAAAGGAAGAUGCAGACACAAGAGAAAGAGAGCUGGAAAUGCUACUUAAGAGGAUUUGUGAAAUAAAAAAAGAAAAAUCAGAACUUCAGUUAGUGAUUGAUGAGAAGGAAAAAGAAACUGCCUCUUUGAAGAGGCAAGUGGCAGAAGCUAACAGGUUGAGAAAUGAAAGUGAAGAUUUGCUGAGUCAAGUGCAAGAGCCGAAAUGCUUGCCGGAUAAAGCCAAAGCGGUGACAACCUCCGGGCAAUGCAAGAUAACAGGCACCAAGGUUAAAUUAAAAACAGCCAAGGAAAAGAGCUCUUUGGGACAUCAUGGAGCUUUUCUCAAACAGUCCAUCAAGGUUAUGAGUAAUGUAUUUGAGAAGUUCAGUAAGGACGGCUGGGAGGAUGUGAAUGAAAGCAGUGACUCUGAGAUACCAAAUUCUGAAAGUUCGGAAACGGUGAUUAUGAGGACAGUGCAAAACAUUGAUCCACUGCCAGACAGAAGUAAACAAAAAGAAAAAAAGUCCUGCAACACUGUUCAUUUAGAAGGCAAAAACGAGCAAUAUAAUCAAAAGUGCCAUUCACAGAAGAAAGAACUAGAAAAGUUACAUUCCGAGAGGAGGAAGAUCUGCUAUCUUGUAACAUCACAUCCAUCGAUUCUAAGCAAAGUGAACAGAGCAAAAAGGAGAAAUAUCACCGUCCAGAAACCAGGCUACUCUGUUACUCUACUGCAGGAAAGAAUUAAAUCAUUGCAGAAGCAGAUAGCUGUUUUACAGACUGAAAAAAAGACUGCAGUGACUUCUGUGAAGGAGGUGAAAGAAACCAAUGAAAAACUAACAAGUCAGCUACAUUUGGCUAAUCAGAGACUUCAAACUAGUAAACUGACCAUAGAGAUGUUGACCUCCAACCUGGCCAAGUGGCAACAGGAUAAGGAAGAUUUACAAGGAAAAUUAAAGUUGAGAGAACACCUGUCUCAAACUGCUGGCAAGAGUAAAGCCACACCAGCUCCUUCAAAGAACAUUGAUUUAGAGAUGAAACAGCUGCAGUGCAAACUAAAGAAUUCGAAUAAUGAAAUCACUAAGCAAUCGACCACCAUUAAGUCCCUAAAAAACGAAGUUCAGGAAAAAGAAGAACGGAUUCGGGAACUACAAGCAAAAAUUUCUCGAUUGGAGAGGGACUUUAUUGUGAAAAGACAUUUGAUAGAAGACCUAAAGUCUCAUCUGAAAGCAAGUCAAGAAAAUGAGAAAACCUCAAAUGAAACAUUGGAAAGUCUUGAGAGAAAGGUAAAGGCACUGGCUGAAGACUGUUCAGGCAAAAAAACUUCCAUUGACUCACUGAAACAAAGACUUAAUGUAGCUACGAAAGAGAAGUCUCAGUAUGAGCAGAUGUAUCACAAGGCUAAAGAUGAAUUGGAGAAAAAGGAUCUCAAGCUUACCAAACUAGAGAGCAAAAUCAUUGAGACUGAAUGUGCUAUGACUGAACUUGAGACUGCUACAUCUGAUAAACUACAUAGCUUGGCUAAACAGAGUGCAGAGGCUUUGGAAACGGUACAGAAGAAGUUGCUGCUCACAAGUGACAAAGUAGAAGAAUUCAAGACAUUUGUAAAGACUCUCAGCAGAGAGUUACAGCACAGCAUACAAGAGCUGAGAACAAAAAUCAAAAAGGCAAAAAAAGUGGGCAAGAUGAAAGCAUGUAAAAACUGUCUUUCCCAAGAGUCUGUUCAGUUGGCAGCAUCUAUCCUUAAUGUUUCAACAACUGAUCUUGAGGAGAUACUAGAUGUAGAAGACGAGGAGGAAACAGCAAAGACAAAAAUGGAAUUUGAAAAAGAUAAAGAAUGGCUGCAGCGUAUACAGAAACUUACGGAAGCACAGUUUCCUUUUGCCUCACACUUAAUGGAUGUCGUACUGGAAAAAUUAAAUGAGAAGAAGAAACUGGUAGAAGAGUACAGUUCUCUCGUGAAGCAAACUCUAUGAUAUUGCUAAGACCUGUCUUUGCAAAGUGUGUCUUUCCUCUUCACAUAAAGAACUGUCAAUAUGCGUGUUCAAUACAGACAUAGAAACUAUGAACUAAUUAAUUGUUGAACAAGAAGAAUUAAUUAAAUUCCUAUUAGGAAA